CCUAGUGCUCAUUGUGGCAGAAUUGCAGUGCACUGGACUGUACAGAGCAGGGUACCAUCCAGGCUGUUGUCUGUGAGGGGUGGGGUCCGGCUACACUGAUACCACCAAGCAUAAGCUCACAGAAAGGACACAAAAAGAGAGGGGGAAAAAAAGAGCGAGAAGAGGGGGGAAGACUGCACCUGAAGAGGAAUAUAAUACGGGUAAGGAGGAAAAGGGGUGGAUGGAGGGAGAAGGAAGAAGACAAUGAGGAAAGGUCCAGAAUGGUUCAUGUGGAUCGGCUCAUCUGCUGCUCUGCUUUUUUCCAUCUGUUGACAGCCCAUCCUUUUUUAUUCCUUUUCUUUGUAUGACACAUAUUUCCAUUCAUGUGCAUGUUUAUCCAUCAAUUCAUGAAUGUCUGUGCAGCUGCAGUGCUUAUUUCACUCUACAUUUGUUAUCUCUGUGGGUAUUCUUGCUCAUGGUGGAAGAAUCGGUGGGCCAUGGUGAAUAAAUCUGACCGUUUGGCCCAGUUUGCAUGUUGCGUUUGCAUUUGAUAGCAUACAGUAUAUAUGUCUAAAAUGCCAAGUAAGAUGACAUAAUGAAGCAGCCAUGCCAAUUCAAUGACACAAUAUUGACAGGUACUCUUGUAUUAUUACUGGAGACUGACUGGUUUCUUACUGGUUUAAUGAAGCCCAAAACCUUCAAAAUCUUUAAGUGUGUAUUUGAAGGAGUGUAUACCAUGUUGCUUUGCGAAUAUUACACAAAAGUUCAAUUUAAUGACAUUUUUAACCCUCCACCUAUUAUUGUGUUUUGAUUGUGUAUCAGAGUUGUAACUUAUAUGCACAUGCCAUUCCUUUCUACAAACAUCUAAUCAAACUGAAGUGUUGUAUAUUUUAUACCAUUGUUGCACUGUUGAUCACUUUCCCAGGUGUGCAAUGCCACAUAAAAACAAUUCAAACAUGUUUUUUCACUCAGUUUAAUCCCACUUAUCCUAAAUGUUGCUCUGUGUUUGUGCGUGUGCCUGCCAGGAUGAAAGGAGACACCCCAGUGAACAGCACCAUGAGUGUCGGUCAGGCCAGGAAGCUGGUGGAGCAGCUGAAGAUAGAGGCGAGUUUUUGCAGGAUAAAGGUAAGACAAUCUGAAUGCAUCCCAUUCAAACACACACAGUGAUAGAGGCAACUGAUCAAAUCAAUACAGUGAAAGAAAUAGCUCUGUGAUUCUUAAUUUGACUGUCUGAGAAGCUAGAAGAAAGUUUUGCUUUGAAAAUACAAGUCUAGAUAAAUCAUGCUGAUCCCUGCUUACAUGGUAGUGCUCUCACAUUAGCAAUUAAUAAUCAAUGUUGUCUAUCUGAGAAGGAUAGGUUUGACUCUGGUGUUGCUCCUCUUUUGUUGUCAUAAAGCCCUAAAUCAAAGCUGAAAAAGAAGCAAAGGAGAAUUUUGUCAAACUUUUAUGAUCCACGCGGCUCUAUAGAUGAAGGAAGGCAUCUGUGACCCUCUCAAAGACAAUUAAAGUCAGUGCUGGAGAGUUUCCAAGUUGUGUUCUGAGGAAUCUCUCUUCUCCUCUCUGCCAAAAACAGAACAGUUCAUCAGGGUAAAAUAUGAUCAGGGCAACAUUUACAUAAAGCUGUAUAAAUAUAACUUGAACCAACAGUUUAAGACAUUGUCCCUUCUUGAAAAGCCUUAAAACAGAGAGACUUUUAGGACAUAUGGAGUGUUCAAAAUGGUAAGGUUAUAAAACAACAUCUUUUUGUUUACACCUGAUCUCUAUGCUUGCUGACCAUGCUGCUACUUCACAUUUAAAUAUAAAUCUUCAAACCACUUUCAGGAAAAUAAAAUCCAAGGGUCAAAACAGAAGUGUUCACUGCCGUAUCUAUCUGCCUCUGUAACCACAAACAUCCUGUUUUCUUUAGACUAAUCAAUUAAUUUCAUCUGCUCACUCUGUUUAGGUUAUUCAUAGAGCGUUGACUCGACUCUUCCAUGUCCAGACAUGGUUAAGAUUCUCAAUUAUUUUAGACAGUGUUUCAUACAAUUCCCCCUUUUUCCAGUUUGGCUGAUAUUUUUAGUCAUUAUCUUGUAAGGGGUUAUAAUAGAGGCCACCAUGAGUUAACAGAUAAUUAAUAAAAAUUAUAAAAACAAAUUUAGCUUUUCUGUAGACCUAACAUUUCACUAAACACAUUUUCUUUGGCCAUUUAGUGAAGAAAUAAACUAAGAAAAAUGUCAUAUGGCUCAUAGGAGACAAUAUGCUCUAGGUCUUUAGAAGAAUCAAACACGCAUACAGUCCAGUUUUUCUGUCUGACCCAUAAUACUCCAUAUGUGUUUAUAAUCUACAAAUAAACCACUUGAUCUUAACAAAUCACACCAGAGGAAAUAAUAAUACAAAUGGAUAAAAAACUGAAUAACUUACAAGGUGGUGUUGUGCUUUUUUCAUAUUUUACAAACAAAUAUUAAGCUAAAGCUGUGGGUGUCAAUACUAAACAUGGCAAAGGUUUAGGUUUUAAGAGAAACAAUUGUGUGUUGGAGUAAUCCCAGUGGGAGACUGCAGGCUGCUCUUAACAGCUGGUUUCAAAAAGUCACAUGAGGACCAUGCAGGUACCACACCAGAUAUGAUCAAAUCAUGACAUCACCAGCUGGUGGAUCUCCUUAAAAGGACCUGAUAACUACAAUACAGACAUGUUCUUUGCUGUUAAAGAGUGUUUUGUUCCUUUCUAAACUUCCAGGGUCAGAUUUGGGCUUCAAAACACAUGGCCAUAACUCACGGUUUUUGACUUUAGAUCUAAAAUUAGGUAGGUAAACUAAACCGUAACAACUUUAGUAUGGAGGAGGCUUCUGAGGUGUUUUAAAGAGUCUGGAAGAGACAGAAGCUUUUCAAAGACAUCUGACUGAGAUAAGCAAUGAUUUUAUUUUUGCUGUAAAUAAAUCAUGUAGAGUUGCUAACAAAGCUCUCAAAUGGAAAAUAUAAGGUUACCAUCACCAUCACAUAAAGAACAGAAAGGCAACUAAGCUGAGCUUCCACAUGAAAAAAUCUCUGAGGAUGUAAACUUGAGUUUUUCUGAGUCAGCCAAGAAUUUAAUUGAAGGAAAAACAAAAAUGCCACACCAAAACUGACUUGUCCCCAGAGGGAAAUAUGCUUGUUUCUUCUUCCUAAGAACAGAGGCCUUCACAGCAACUAUAUGCAUCAUAGCCACAACUAGCUACAACUUUUUGGAGCAUCGUAGAAUCAAUGAUUUAGGUAACACUUUAUUUGAUGCCUAUCCCUACAAGGCAUUACAAAUAUACAUAUAAUGCGUUGUAACUAGUUAUAUCACUGUAUAACUAUAGUUAUAAACAAUCAUAAAUGAUUAUAAUGCUUUAUAGCAAUAAUAAAGCUAUAAUGACUUACAAAGUCAGGUAUAAUAAUGCCUUAUAACUGUUAACAACUCACCGACAAUGCCCACAUAGAUAGUGCAAUGCAACUGUUGUUAACAGUUAAAACACAUUAUAAUACCUGACCUAGUAAGUCAUGAUGAAAUACUUUGUGUUGUGAAUAUUGCUAUAAAGCAUUAUGAUCCUUUAUAAGUGUUUAUAACUAUAGUUAUACAGUGCUUGAACGUGAUUAUAAUGCAUUAUUAAUAUAUUUAUAAUGCGUUAUAGAGACAGGCAUCAAAUAAAAUGUUACCAUGACGUCAAACUUAUUAUCAUGUGACACAAAGAGGCAAAGCUAGCAGACUUAGUGGUAACUUAUGCCCACUCAUUUAUAUAUUACAAGGCUGUUUUUGGGUACAUCAAGUAAACUCAGCUAUUUUUCUAAGUUCUCUGUUGUUUCUCUGUCAGAACUGAAGUUCUCUGUCAGUUUACCGAGUCACUCCAAGGCAAUUAAACCACCUUCAGAAAAGGGUAAAUUGUCAGCCACUGUGAAUUUUGAUGUCCUUUAUUGCACAGAUGUUGUUCUCAGUAUCAGCUUAAACUUAGCUUUGGGUAUUGAAACCAUCUUCUCUGAAAACUGUCCACUUUAAGAUCCUUUUACCUGGUUAUGGGUUCUAAAUAAACUACACUUUCUCACACUAAGACUGAAAUAAAAACGGUGAAGCUGAGAAAUUAACUUUGAGUUGACAAUGCUCAUAACUCUCCUUCAAUCUGAUCCUCCUCAUGUGCAGGUAUCAAAGGCGGCGGCCGACCUGAUGGCGUAUUGUGACGCACACUCCUGUGACGACCCCCUGAUCACCCCCGUGCCCACUUCAGAGAACCCCUUCAGGGAGAAGAAAUUCUUCUGCGCUCUGCUUUGAAACCAAUCAGGGAUUGUUGUGAUUAAGAGUACAACUGUACAGUAUGUACAUGUAUGUACAGUGUGUACAUGUACUUCAACCGAAAAUAAGACAUCAGUGUACUAUAGUAACCUUGCAUAAAAGCUGCCGAUGUACAGUACAUAAUCAGUUACAACAAAAUGUCUAGAUCCAAAUUCUUGAAUUGCUAUCGUCUGUCUCAGUGUUAGAGGGGAAGAACAAAAAUAGUGUGAGGAUUUGAAACAAAACCUGAACACAGAAAUACUAAACAGUGUCAUAGCUAUCAAAAACACAUUUAAAAAAAAAAAACAGCUUUCAUGUUGGUGAAAACAUACAUUUCAUGUUCAUUUAUACAUUACAGGUAACUGCCUGAAAGGAAACAGUCUGUGUAUCUUCAAGUGUCUUAAAAAGCUUUGUGUGGAUUCUGCAGCAUUUCAAAACCCUCAUCUGGGAUGUUCAAUUCCCAUAUUAAGUGGCGUCUUUUGGAUUAUGGAGGUGCUACAGGUCUCAGGUACUUCUCUGAUUGGGUCAGAUCAUAAAAAGAGCGUACGGAGAUCUGAAAACUGAAGAAUAGUUCCGCCUACGUCAGGUAAACAAGCACAUGAUUCAUAAAUGAGAGUUUCCAUGUGCAAAAGGAGUCGACUUAUAGCAUUUAGAUUGUCCUUCAGAGCUGCAUUCCAUCCAUAUUUGAUAUAUUUUGUACUCUUUGUUUACUUUGGUGAUUCCUGUUUUGGCAGUUACUUGUAUCUACCAGCUGUUUAUGAGUGAAUUGUGAUCAUAAAGUUUAUUUAUUUUAAGGUUUUAUUAAGAUUUUGCUCAUUUCUAUACUGUUGCUGUAGUUUGAAUGUGAAAGUGUGUGUGUGUGUGUGUGUGUGUGUGUGUGUGUGUGAGUGCGUAUAGGUGCUACUGUGAAACAAGCAUUGAUUUUUUUUUUAUUUUUUUUUCAUCCGAUCAUCAGUCAACAAGAUUUUUUAGCUCACAAACCCAAAAUAAAAAAAUAAGACAUUCCAAGGGUUAUGGAUGUUCAAGGUUAAACUAAAGCCAUUCAAGCUGAACUAAAGCUAUUUGGGAAAACAGAAGUCUGUCAUUGGCACAAUUUUCUAUUUCCUAAAGGCAAAAACAGCAGUUCUACUGUGCUUUUAAUGACAGGUGUUCAUCAUCAUUUUAACCAGUCAGAGGGUCUCCAGAGCAGAGGUUUCCAGGAAAUCAAGGAAAAGCCUGUCGUCUAGUCUCGUUCAUGUGAAGAUGAGACUGAUGGGAAGGACUUGGAAGUUUAAUUUAAAUAAAGAAUUAUUUUCUCCAUCUCCUCCCUUGAGUUCAGGCAACACAUCAGUGGUGCUCCCCCGUCAAUGACGUGUACCCAUCACAUGACUUCUACAUCAUCUCUGACAUGAUCAAACUCAUGGGAACCCCCUGCUCUGGAACAUUUCAAAACAAAUGUACUUUCAGUAUUUGCAAAUAUGAAAUUAGGAGCUCUGGUGAAAAAGUAACCAUGGAAUAUCAGGCAUUGAAAUAAAACAUCCUGUUACCAAGCGUCUGAAA